AUGGAAAUAAACAAAAUUUUCCGUGACAUCCCCCCAUCAUUACAGCUAUACGCAAUACAGUCCGUGAAUAAAAGACACAAAAAGAUAUCACGGUCUAUACACAGGAAAUUACACGGUGUCGUGGAAUUAGGUCGAGUCUGUCGGAAACUGAAUGCGGUGAAUAGAGCGUUACAAGAAAUAUUGGGACUAGUGACCCGCCCCUGCUCCACUCAGCCGAUUCCGGCUACGGCGGCCAAUCUCAUUGAGACUAGCCAACUGCGCAGGAGAUAUUAUAGUGCUCAAGUGUACGCGCAGACACAACGUGCACUCUCUAUUCCUAUCACUCUCAUACUCCGGUGGGACGACCACUCGAUACGACCGGUGAGAGUUAAGGCGCAGGACCGACGGCUUUACGUGCUCUCCGAGGCACGGGGGUUAAACACCGCCAACUUCCCAACUCCGGGCUGUUAC